AACCAGGGCGUACUUUGUCGAGGGACCGAGCUAAGCCUCUCGUCUGGCCGGGAUGGGGAUAACGGAUAACUAUGGAGCGGUGCCCAGGCUGCUCCCCGCUAGACACUUGUGACUCCUACCUACCUUGUUCUCUCGUUUGCUCGCGGACUAAACUUCACUUCGCACACUGUAUUUUUGAAUCAAAAUGACCGCCAUGGAUUUGGCGAAAAGUGAGGGUGCGAGAGCAGACGGUGAGGUCUCGAAUUGUGUGUCUAAUCUGAUUCAUGCGUUUACGAAUGGACUCAAUAUCUUUAAGCGGCUGAGGGAGAGGAGGAGACGAAGGAAGAAGAAGAGUAGGAGGGUAGACGGAGAGGAAGCAAGCAGUGCGGAGUUGCAGUUGAGUAACUCAUUGAGGAGAGGGCCGAAGGAUAUUCAGAAUAGCUAUGAGAGCCAUUAUGGGAGGGCCGGGGAACGGUUUGCGAAAGGUGAUGCGAUCGCACAUGCCUCCCUCGCGGAGACGCUGAUAAAGUUGAAUACUGGGCUCGUUGGCAUCAUUGCGACGUUCCUAAAUCACGACACAAAGCACAGCCAUCUCAAUCUGGACUACAAGUCCUUGACGAAUCUGUCUGAGGCUUCAAGGAUGGAGGCUAUCAGUUCUCUGAGCCAGCUGUAUCAGCGAUUGAGCCAGUCGCAGCUGCAAGUCCAUCGCAUUGGUGGGUGUCCGCGAUGCGGGAGCAUGAAGCAUCAGGACUGCUCUAGAGCUGCUAGUCGGAGUGGAAGCCCUGAGAAGAGGAAGCAGUCUAGUUCACGGCAGCGAUCGAAUGGGCCUGUGAUAACACGGGUGCCUAUUAAAUCGUCGAAUCAGACGCAACUCGUCGUCGUGCGACCGAAGACGACGCGGAAAGGCUCGGCGAGCAGCUCUAGUUCGACGAAGUCGCACUCGACCGUGGCGAGCCCACCGUACACGCCGCCGCUGGCGUCUCCGCUGCCUCAAUAUGCUCCCAUAGAUCCGUAUCCGACUGCAAAGCCACCAACUACGAAAGCACAUGCACCUCCUCACUCUGGGAGAAGACGAGCAGGCUCCUUCGACGGACCUCGUCCCACAACAUGGCCACACAUGCUCCCAGACCCCAUUCCUCCCAUGGAUCUCCGACUCCCACCGCCCAAGGCCCACGUUCCUCGGAAAAGCCCACCACCUCGGGAGAAGCGCACAUCUCCUCCUCCCGUCAGCCCUGUCAAGCGAAGGAUCGAUAAGGCUACGCCGUCAACCUAUACAUUUGCCUCUGAUAGCACCAAGCUGGGCGAAAUUCCCCAACGGAACUGGACGACCCCAUGGAACUACCAGGAAGCUGAGCGCUUGAAUGCAGAGGCGGCUGUGAACGGCUAUCCGAUGCCGGCUGUGGAGAACAGGCCCAAGGCGAAGAAAGGAUUUUUCGGGUUUCUGAGGCGUGGGUCGGCGCAGGCUUCUUGAGCUCACGACUUGCCCUGCUCGGUACUGAAAGGAGGUAGGAAAGACGAGGGAAGGGGUGGCGUCAGGUUGGUUUACUGCGAAUGCCUUCAAUAGGUCACGACUUAUGUUUCCUUAUGAUUUACGACUCUCAUUUCCUACCAUUGCUAUAGCAUAUACCCGUUUGGAAUUAGCGAUCAAGGAGUUAGGUCGGAGAAGUGAUAUUCACAUUGGAGGUUAUUUAUGCUUGUUUGCGGGGGUGGAUGCAUAGUCUUCACUAUACUUCAAUGGCACUUGAAU